AUGGCCUCAAGCCCGACCACGGCCAAGAUGAAGUGCCGCCGAGCUGCUGGGACCGGCACAACUCUCACCAAGGAAGCCGAGGAGCCACUUGUCGAGUGGGUGCAAGGUAUGCGCAACGACGGCGUUCCGCUUACUACCCACAUGUUGCGUGUGAUGACACUUGAAGCAGCAAUCGACCUUGGAUUCAACGACGUCGAAUUCCGAGCUGGUUGGCAUUGGAUGGAUGGUUUUAAAGCGGCGCCAUGGGCUGUCCCUUCGUGCACGUACCCGCAUUGGCCAGCAGACACCGAGGACGGUCUUGCAGUCUCGGGGAAAGUCAGCGCACGUAUCCGCAAGAUCGUCGAAGAAGAGAACAUCGACGUGGUUUACAAUGUCGAUCAAACUGCGGUAAACUACGAGUACUUGCCUACCAAGAGGUUGAACAAGUCUGGCGAGUACACGGUGUUGGUACGGUGCGGUGGGAAGACCAAAUAUCGAAUGACGGAAAUGCUCCUUGCCGACACAACCGGCGCUAAGCAUCCCUUAUUCUUGCGCCUACGCAAAGACGGUCAAUGUCGGAGCGUGUCCCUCCCAACUACACCUGGAUUUGCCAGCCUGUGGACGUCGCCUGGAACAGGCCACUAA